GGUCCUCUGGUAGAGAGAGUUUUGUUUCAAGAGCAUAUAGAACUCAGUUGCAGAAGGCCGAGGAGACUGAGCUGGCUAUUCUCGUCGUCCCCGACAUGGGAGAUUGGCGAUGUUAUGGUAUAAAAAGGGAGGCUAUUGGACAGCUUUAAACUGCAUAUUGAUAAGCAAAUUUACAGCAUCCCUAAAUAUGUGUAGUUUUAAACCAAAAAAAAAAUAUGUGUAGUUGGAAAUGGUGCAUGGAGAAUGAAAAUGGAUUUAUGGGACAUUUUCUGUUUCAUAAAUUUUUGUAGGUAGCCUGUAAAGUACUUUACUUUGAUCAUCUAUACUAACUUCUGUGCUUCCACCUUAGUUGAUCAUCUAUACAUGCAUGUUUAUUUUGACCUAUAAUGCUCAGCAUCGACGUAUAUCCAGCUUUCUUUGAUUAACCCAAAGAUCACAGAUAGCUUCAGAGAUUUUGGAAAAUGGUGUUUGUUUUUUUUUUCCCCCAUGUUUUAUCAUCAAGUUUCAAUUUUCAAUCAUGUUGCUAGUUCUGCUUAGGACUUUGUCUGCUUGUUCUGAGUUUUGACUUCUACCCCUAUGGCUAAUAUCAUAAAGGGUCUUAUUUUCUUUUACUAGUUUGUUUCAUCCACUCAUAAUUCAGUUGGACCAACAAAAAUUGGAAGAGGAAAAGCAGAACCAUGACUUUAAGGGACAGAUAUAAUUAUACUAAGGAUCAUUAUUACCCAACAAAAAAUAGCAUUAUGAUCUCUAACCAUGCGCACUUCAGCUCCAAGCUCUUGAUUAUCCUCUUGCCGACCCGCUUCUGCAUCAUCCUGUCUACCAGUAACGGCUAAAGGGACCUCACAUCAUUACCUUUGGUGCAUAAUCUCUGCCAUUAAAUCAAACCCUUCCCUUGAUUUCUUCAGACAUACAGUUCAGGUUUUCAGGUUCUAAUCAGACAUGUCUCCGGUCCCGUGUCUCUUCAUCAUCUCCAUGCUCAUCCAUCUGUCUGAAGGAACAAUGCAGUUGCCUUACAUGACAGAAGACGUGGAAGAAAUCUCUGGCAAGUCGUUUGAUUAUAUAGUGAUCGGGGGAGGAACCGCUGGAUGUCCCUUGGCCGCGACUCUGUCUGAAAAUUUCUCUGUUCUGGUCAUCGAACGUGGCGGUUCCCCAUUCGGUAAUCCAUUGGUAGAAGACAGGAAAUACUUUGGAUACUCAUUGUUGAAAACCGAUGAAUACUCGUCCGUCGCCCAAGAUUUCACCUCCAGAGAUGGAAUCACGAAUUACAGAGGACGUGUUCUUGGAGGAUCCUCUGCCAUCAAUGGCGGAUUCUACAGUAGAGCGAGCGAAGACUUUGUAAAGAAAGCUGGGUGGGACAAGGAUUUGGUUCAGGAAUCAUACCAAUGGGUCGAAUCCAAAGUUGUCUUCAUGCCGGAAUUGACUCAGUGGCAAUCCGUUGUUCAAUUCGGAUUUCUCGAAGCCGGGUUUUACCCGUACAAUGGGUAUAACUUGGAGCACAUGCAAGGAACGAAGAUCGGGGGAAGCAUAUACGAUCAGUGCGGCAAAAGACACACCUCAGCCGAUCUUUUGGCUGCAGGAAAGACUGGUAACAUCACAGUUCUUCUAAAUGCCACAAUGAAGAGCAUAAUCUUCGACGGUAAAGAAAAUGAGACCCGAGUAGCUGGAGUAAGGUUUAUAAAGAGUGAUGGAAGCUCGGACAAGACAUACAAGGCUUUCGUCGAGAAACACAAGGGCGAGGUUAUACUCUCGGCCGGGGCAUUAGGCAGUCCACAGAUUCUGCUCCUUAGCGGAAUUGGCCCCCAGAAACACCUGAAGAAUCUCGACAUCAGUGUGAAUGUAAACCUCAGCGAAGUUGGGAGGAAAAUGUCGGAUAAUCCAGCGAUUUCCCUCCUCGUCGAUAGAUUCCCGCAGAACAGAACCCUCGAGCCGCCUCAAGUAGCUGCAAUAGCAGAAGGGUUCAAGUUCAUCCUCGAAUCCGAGAUCCUCCCGACCAACUUAAGCACGGCGAGAAUCUCCAUAGCGGCAAAGGUCGCGUUUCCCAAAUCCAAAGGGAGACUCAAGCUGGAAAACACGGACCCGAGGAAGAACCCGUCAGUGAAAUUCAAUUACUUGGAGAGCAAGAAAGACAUGGACGCAUGCCUAGAGAUGGUGCUGCUUCUGCAACACGUGGCGAGGUCAGAAACCGUGACUUACUUCCUGGGGACAGUGUCGCAGGAGAAGGUGAUGACAGGGGAGGAUGAACUGAGAAGCUUCUGCAAAGAAAAUGUCAGAACUUAUUACCAUUACCAUGGCGGUUGCGUGGUGGGAUCGGUCGUGGACGAGGAUUAUAGGGUUUAUGGUGUGAAGAAUUUGAGGGUAAUCGAUGGAUCGACCUUUGAAGAAUCUCCAGGAACAAAUCCAAUGGCUACUGCUAUGAUGUUGGGGAGGUACCAAGGAAUCAAAAUUCUCAGACAAAGAAGACAAUGGAAAACAGAAGAACAACCUUAGACAUACAUACAUAUAUAUAUAUAUAUAUAUAUAUAUAUAUAUAUAUAUAUAAACUUUGUAAAAACGUUUCUCGAGUGGACCACAAA